AGUGGGGAGCCUUCCUCCUCCCUCUGGCCAUUAAAAAAAUGAAGGGCCUUUUAGUGAAAUCUAAGACUAAACCCAAUAGAAUCUGUAUUCCAUUGAUUUGAUUUCAAUCUUUCUCCUCUUAUUUAUACUUGGGCUUUGAUUGUAAAGAGCGGACAUCAAUUAGAGGAAAGAAAAAACAAAAAGAGAGAGAGCCUACUAUUUUUGGCUCUCUCCUAAGGACCCUCGUUAUUUUGGCAAUCUUUUUCCUGCCAUUGUUUCAUUGAUUUCAGCAUUUAAAACGUGUUGAGUCCCCAAGAGUUCUCGAGGGGAUUGAGAGCUUGGAACUUUUGACUGCAGAAAGUUUACUGCUUCAUGGGGGAAGAGGCUCCACAGUAUCUCAUAGGGAACACAGAUAAAUUUCAAGCUGUUGGGUAUGAUUCAGAGACCCAAGGCUAUCAGACUUCCACGGAUGUCGGCGAUAAGAUCUAUGUAAUUGGAGGAUCUGAGGAAUAUGCUGGCUCAGAGAUUGGUGUCAAAAUUUUUGAUAAGUUGACAGGAAAAUGGUCUUUUCCUACUGUAUUGGGUACCAAGCCCGUUUCAUCUAAAGGCCACUCAGCUGUUCUUAUAAAUAAAAAUCAGAUCUUGAUCCUUAAGGGGGGGUCUCCUCUUGAUGAUUGCACCUGGUUUCUUGAGGUCGACACACCCCUCAUAAAAGAGCAAAAUAGGCUACUUGGAACAGAAGUGGUAGCUUGGAGUAAGGGAGUCAGAGGCAGUGGCCUAAAGCCAGUUGUAAUCAGUGGCCCCUCAGGAGUCGGCAAGGGAACUCUGAUAUCAAAGCUAAUGAAAGAAUACCCCUCAAUGUUUGGGUUUUCUGUAAGCCACACAACUCGAGCUCCGAGAGAGAAAGAAGUCAAUGGGGUUCACUACCAUUUCACUGAACGAAGCCUAAUGGAGAAAGAUAUACAAGAGGGGAAAUUCCUUGAAUCUGCAUCAGUACAUGGUAAUCUUUAUGGCACGAGCAUUGAGGCAGUAGAAGCAGUAACAGAUUCUGGCAAGAGAUGUAUUCUCGACAUAGAUGUUCAGGGUGCUAGAUCAGUGAGGGCUAGCUCUCUUGAAGCGAUUUUUGUAUUUAUCUGCCCCCCAUCAUUUGAUGAGCUUGAGAAGCGCCUUCGCUCUCGGGGAACAGAAACUGAGGAACAAGUUCAAAAGAGGCUAAGAAACGCGAAAGCUGAGCUCGAGCAAGGAAGAGCCCCAGGUCUUUUUGACCAUUUUUUGGUUAAUGAUGACCUUGAAACGUGCUAUCAGAAUCUGAAGAAAUUACUUGCCCUAGAUGAAACCCCUGAUGUCUCUAAUGAGUCGGUAGUGGACAAAAUUCCUCUUAUUCAUUCUGUGUCUAAAAAGGAUCAGAAGAUUCUGAUAAACUGUGGCAGGGGCCAAAUCGAAUCUUCAACUCCUUACAUUUUUUUCCUCGAUGUAUCUUCACUUAAAGGAGGUGCUCCUGGCCGGACAAGGGGACUGAUUAUCUCUGCAAUCAACUCAUCGACAGAUAAUAUUAAUGGGAUCGAACAACUUUAACAAUCCAUACAUAAAGCAAUUGGAGCAAGAUGUAUGCAUUAUCACUGACAUGUUAUCGAUUUUAUAUUACGACAUAAGAGAUGAAACAGAGUUAUGUUUGAACACCAAGAAAGCUAGCAUGUUAAGUUGCAGUUGAGACGUGGUUAUGGUUCAUUCGUUGUUAUUAUAUAAAUCAUUAUGUUCCGUGAUCUAAGUGAAAUCAGAUUGCAAAAAUUUGUCUCA